AUGGCUGCUGAGUCGGACCAGGUGUUAGACACGCAUCCCGCGUUCGCAACGGACUUCGAUGCCGCAAAUGACGAUCCCGGAUUCGCCGGACUUCAAGCGCUAAAGUACGAGUCGGAAGAUCCUAACGCUAAUGCUAUGAGUUAUAAAGACGAGGGAAAUUAUCAUUACGGACGAAAAGAAUUCAAAAAAGCCAUCGAUUCGUAUACUGGUGGACUACGUGCUAAACCUACAGAUAAAAAGCUGGCUGCAAUUUUACACACAAAUCGAGCUAUCUGUCACAGUCAUUUGCAAAACUAUGGAUCAUGCAUUCGGGACUGUAAAGCGGCGAUCGCUCUGAAUCCAGAGCAUAUGAAAGCCUACACAAAGGGUGCUCAAGCCUCGCUGGCUCUGUCCAAAAUCGAUGCUUGUUUGGAAUUUUGCGAGCGCGGUUUGGAGCUGUUCCCGGAUGCGGAACAAUUGAUUCGUUUUCAGUUGGAUGCUCUCAAACAGCAGGUGAAAAUCGAUCGAGUCACGAAUUCCAAGCGCGAAACACAACAGCGUGAAAUUGAAGAUCAGGUCCAGGUUUACAGGCUGGCCCAUGCACACGGUAUACGCAUCAACUUCAAACUUCCCCCGGUGGAUGUUCCUGAUGCGGCUGGAAUGCAAUUCUAUAAAGACGACUCUGGAUUACUGCACUGGUCCGUACUGUUCAUGUAUCCGGAAUUCGGACAGACUGACUUUAUGCGUGACGUGGUGGAAAUAUCGAAGUAA